AUGCAUGUUAUGAACUGUGUCUCUUUGGUCAGUGAUAAAGAACAUGGGAAUAUCGCCUCAGCAGCUGGAUUAAUGAUUGGGCAAACAGCACCAUCAGCAUCUCCUCCACCUCCUCCUCCACCCCCUCCACCUCCACCAUGUCCAUCUUCAGCGGAAGGCUUUCUUUCCUCUCCUCCUCCUCCCCCGCCACCUCCCGCUCCAGGACUGCCCUCACCUUCUCACAUGAACGGAUACAGUCACCUUGGGAAGAAGAAGCGGAUGAGAAGCUUUUUUUGGAAAACCAUUCCAGAGGAGCAAGUUCGAGGCAAAACCAACAUCUGGACCUUGGCAGCCAGGCAGAAGCAUCACUAUCAGAUUGAUACAAAGACCAUUGAAGAGCUCUUUGGGCAACAAGAAGACACCGCCAAGUCUUCCAUUUCUAGGAGAGGAGGACCUCAAAAUUCAUCCUUCAGGGAUACUCGCGAAGAGGUUACUAUCUUGGAUGCAAAACGGAGCAUGAACAUUGGGAUAUUUCUUAAGCAAUUUAAGAAGUCUCCUCAGUCCAUUGUAGAAGAUAUCCAUCAAGGAAAGAGUGAGCACUACGGAUCAGAGACAUUACGAGAGUGUCUUAAGCUUUUGCCAGAGUCGGAAGAGGUAAAGAAAUUAAAAACAUUUAGUGGAGAUGUGUCCAAGCUGUCGCUGGCCGACUCCUUUAUACACUACUUAAUACAGGUGCCAAACUACUCACUUCGAAUUGAAGCCAUGGUGCUAAAAAAGGAAUUUGUACCUUCUUGUUCUUCUUUGUAUACAGAUAUAGUAAUCUUAAGAACUGCUACAAAAGAGUUGAUGUCGUGUGAUGGGUUACAUUCUGUAUUACACUUGGUGCUCCAGGCUGGGAAUAUCAUGAAUGCUGGAGGGUAUGCUGGCAACGCUGUAGGAUUUAAACUGUCUUCUUUGCUCAAACUGGCAGACACCAAAGCAAAUAAACCUGGAAUGAAUCUUCUGCACUUUGUUGCUCAGGAAGCCCAAAAGAAAGAUGCCACUCUCCUAAACUUUUCAGAACAAUUGUACCACGUUCAGGAGGCUGCUAGAUUUUCUCUGGAUAACACAGAGGCAGAAUUGCACUCACUGUUUGUCAGGACAAAAUCUCUCCAGGAAAACAUCCAGCGGGAUGGAGAGCUUUGUCAGCAGAUGGAAGAUUUCCUUAAGUUUGCUGUAGAAAAGCUGAUGGACUUGGAGCGCUGGAAACAAGAGCUCCAGGAUGAGGCUCACACCCUUAUAGAUUUUUUCUGUGAAGACAAAGAAACCAUGAAACUGGAUGAGUGUCUUCAGAUAUUUAGAGACUUCUGUACCAAAUUCAACAAGGCAGUUAAGGACAACCAGGACCGGGAGGUGCAGGAGCUGAGGCAGAUGCAGCGAUUGAGGGAACUGGAGCAGAAACGCCGAUCUUGGGCCACAGAGGAGCUCGGGGGGUUUGGCCGGAGCAGCAGUGAAAAUGACGUGAAACUGCUGACCACGAAGGGCACGGAGGACCUGCCCCCUUUUCUGGACUCCAGAUCCAUCAGCCCUUCCUACCGGCCCCCCAACGCCCGCCGCUCCCGCCUCUCCCUGGGCACCGUCGCUGACCGGGAGCUGCUGACCUUCCUGGAGAGCUCCACCGGCAGCCCCAAGGAGCUGGCCAAGUGCAACAGCCUGCCCCGGAACAGUGACCGGCAGGCCCCUCCCACACAAGCCUGGAGGGACUCUGCUGACCGAGACUCCAACCCUGCGUUUAGACCUCAGGCUCUGGAGGGCCAGGCGAAGGCCCACAGCCCACACUCAGUUUGGCAGAGCCCGCUCCCAGCCUCCCGGCCUGAGGAUCCCAACUCUGCCUUCCCCCGAGCGCGGCGCAGCGGAUUCAGCAUUCUCCGAAAGAGGAACAGUGAGCCUGUGGGCCUGGGUCCAAGUCGCUCUCCUCCACUCUCACCGUUGGCUCUAGGGAUUAAGGAGCAUGAGCUGGUGACAGGGCUGGCCCAGUUCAACCUCAAGGGGCCCAAGGGCCCAGUGGAGAUACCCCAGCUAGCCCUGAACGAUGUCAUGCCUAUGGAACUGGCCUCUCUGCGGGACGGAAGCCUGCAGUCCCCAGAUGUAGGUGACUGCAGCCUUACCCCCAGGGGCACAGGCUCCCAGGAGAGUCUUGGUCCAACCUGGGAAGAUGUCAAGGCUGCCCCUGACCAACCCCGCAGCCCGGUUCUGGUGUCUGUAAAUAGCAGUGGGCCUGAGAACAAAGAUCCGGGAUCUCAGUUCUACAUCUCAGACACCACAGACUGCUCCCUGACUCUGGACUGCUCAGAGGGGACCGAUUCCAGACCUGGAGGUGGGGAGCUGGAGGAGGGUAGGGACAGGGACAGCUCUGUGUCUUCUGGGGCUGGAGAGACAGGGGGCAGCCAGGUCUCCUCCAACCCUGCUUCCAGCCCUCCUGUGGAGGCCUCCCCUCUGGUCUUCGAGAACACUGAGCCCAGCUGUAAGGAUGACUGCCCCAAGGACAGACCAUCCAAAGAUAAGGAUGGGAUAGCACCAAAGAGAAGCUCCCUUAAAGAGACCUCCCCAGGGCCCUCCAAGCCCAGCAGUGUUCGAAAGAGCCAGGGUGUGGUGCCCAAGCCUGUGCGGACCUUGCACUCCUCAGAGAACGAGAGCAUGCGGAAAGUUGUGCCCAUCUCCAAGUCAAGCAGGGGGGCUGGGGGCUGGAAGCGGCCCGAGUUGCCAUCUCGGGUGCCCCCCCGGGAGGCGCCCAGCAGCACAGACACGCUGCCCUUGCGCCGGAGCUCUGUUCGAGGGCCCUUGGAUACCUUGGCCAGGAGGUCCUCUGUGGGCACCAUGGCCGUGGUGCGGCAGGAGCAAGUCAGCAGCAGCCGUCUGGGGAAGGAGCCCUCCUUACAGCAGCGGAGCUCCAUCAAGAAACCCAGCGCCAAACCCCUCAGGAACGUUCCCAGGCAGAAGCCUGAGGAAAUCAAGAUCUGCUGCUCCAACUCUCAGGGUACCGAGAGCCCUGAAGAAGAGCCCAAGACCCCCCCUGCCCCUAGCCUCCCCCGGGUCCCACCCACCAUCCCCAGCUUUGCCCGAAACACGGUGGCCUCCUCUUCUCGGUGUGUGAGAACAGACUCCACUCCUGUGACGAAAGCUCCCGGGAUCACUCGGACAGUCUCGCAGCGGCACCUGAGGGUCAAGGCUGGCCCUGAGAAUGCCUCCCCCAAGAAUGACGUCACCCUGAGGCGGGCCAGUAGUGCUCGCAUGUCCAAGAAGUGUCCAGAGUCCACUGAGGGGGCCAGUGCCAACACAGAGGCCCCUCUGAAGGGUAGAGGGACCGGGGAGAGGGCCUCCCUCAGACUGAAGGACUCAAAUCGGACCACACUGGGGAAAAUGCUGAAUCCCUUGCGGAAAUGA